ACUUGACUUGAACAAGUCAACAUACGAGUGGGGUUACGUUCUGCGAAAGUCUGGGACUGAUGAUAUAGUUUACCCGUUAACGAUCUUUUUUAAAAACUUUGUUUAGUUUGUGUGAUAAGUUUCACGUCUCAGUUAAAAGUUGGACUGGCUUGAAAAUAAGAACUUGUUGAUUUGUUUGGUUGUGAGUUUUACUGGGUUUCUGUUUCAUUAAAUUUGGUGAUACUUCACAGUUGGAAAUAGAUGUAUUUAUUCUAAAUCUAGAUCUAGAUGUGUAGGGUUGUUGUUUGCUUGUGAAAUUUAAAAAGUAUUUAUUUUGUAUUUUACGUCUAAUUGUAAGCCUGAGCUAAAAGGGUCCAGAGUUGUGAAGAGCAUACUCUUAGUUCGGGGUCCUCAGGAAUGAGUGUUUGAAGCAAUAUAUUCAAAUCACUCCUAAUCAAUCUUUUAAAACAGGAUUUAAUCUUUGGACACUAAGACAAGCGUUACAAUCCGCCAUUCCUCGUAACCUAAAAUGUUAGCUGCUUUAUUCCAUCUUGAUCUGAAACAAACCAUUAAACUGAUUUAAUAUUUCCAUCUUCACUGUUGUCAUUUAAAAAGUCGGAAUACUAGACCUACUAAAGCAUCUCUAGAGACUUUAGCACGGAAGAUGAUAUUUAAAUACCCAGUUUUCCUCGUUGCUAUGGUAACACCAGUUUUUCAACAGGUCGCUGCAAUUUUAGCAGCAAGGGAGCUAAACCUUGGUGGACUUUUUGCAUCCUUUACUCUAGACAUUGCCAGGGACGGUACAUCUCAGCGUGAUUUUACGGAAAUAAAUAAGGGAAUCUGUCCACCUUUGCUGUGCAAAACAUUUGACGGAUCUUCAGGUGUCAGUUCUACGAGAGGCAACCCUCUAUUCUUUCAGGGAGAUAUAGUCCUAGACAGGUCACUCACCAACGUCAUCUUCCCUUCACGUCGCACCGCGAGAUACAGACGUGCUCUAACGAGGGAUCCCCACAGACUUUGGAAAGACGGUGUGGUCGUAUAUCAAAUGGAUCCAAACUUAAAGGCGAAGUCCAGAGAAGCAUUAAAAGCUGCCAUGAAGCACAUCUCCAGCCACACUUGUGUCACCUUCAAGGAGAGGACAUCAUCUCACAAGGACUUCAUUCGCUUUACAAGUGACCCCGGAUGCUGGGCACAUAUAGGUCGAGUCGGUGGAGAACAGAUGGUCAACAUAGGUGAAGGCUGCGAGAACCUAGGUACAGCCUCCCACGAACUGUUACAUGCGCUGGGGAUAUGGCACGAGCAGGCUCGACCAGACCGUGAUAAGUACGUGCGGAUUUUAUAUGAAAACAUUGAGGAGAAUUUUAAAGCACAGUUUGACAUGGUCAGUGACUCCCUGGUCAGUUCACUCCAACACCCUUAUGACUAUCUGAGUGUCAUGCACUAUAGUCAGACGACUUUCACCAAGAACGGCUAUCCUACAAUCAAGGUGAUCGGCGUGGGGGAACGGUUUGGGUUCCCGAUCGGACAAAGAACUGCACUCAGUUUGAUUGACGUGUCCCAGUUGCGAGAGAUGUACGGGUGCAAUAAAAAGUCGGACGCAGCACGAAAAGGAAAGUGUCUGAAACUUCAGCACGCAGAUGGCCGUGAUUACAGAGGUGACCUGGACUACACCCAAAGCGGAUAUACCUGUCAGAAAUGGACGGAUAGCUACCCCUACAACCACCCCUUUGUAGCCUACAGUAGACAAUGGGCGGCGCGUAACGGGGCCCAGUCCCCUGACGGUCUGGGUGAUCACAAUAAGUGUCGCAAUCCAGACAGACAUCGAAAGAAGCGGCCUUGGUGCUACACGACGAAGUCCAGUGCGGAGUGGGGAUACUGUGACGUCCACAUCUGCAAUAAAACAUCUGAAAGGCCGCAGACUAAGCGUCCGACCAUCUCACCGCACAUUCCCAACACAAAGUCGCCGCCAGUCACAACAAAACGGCAAACCCCAUCUCCUCCGAAUCGUAAGACAACACCUCGCCCACAAGUCCGUACAACAAAGCGCCCUAAUGUUACCCCUAAGCGUACAACGAAGCGCCCUAACGUUCCCGCUCCCGCUCGAACAACAAGGCGCCCGCACGCUACCCCAAAACCUAAUUUGACAAAAUCACCACCCAUUGCAAAACCAACAGCCCCAUUCAGGCCCGUAGGGCCCUUCGUCCACGUUAAGCUGAACUCUUCACAUAUCAAAACUCACAUUGUGUCAGUCAGGCUUGCACCUCCUCAGAGCAGACGACAAACACACACCCAUCGCAUUGAACACCAUUUACUGCACUUGAGACCACACCACUUUAGGGAUGAAACUGGUCAGCACAGUGGCCACCAUAAACGACCGCAGCAACCGAAGCAGUAAAGAUGUAUCACAAUAUUCUACCACUGGAUAGACCGUAAUAUUCUACCACUGGAUAGACCGUAAUAUUCUACCACUGGAUAGACCGUAAUAUUCUACCACUGGAUAGACCUUAAUAUUCUACAACUGUAGAGAUCAAAAUAUUCUAUCACUAGACAGGCUAUAAUGUUCUUCCCCUGGAAGACAUGCAAACCAUAAUAUUAUAUGUCUGAAAAGGAUUACCAGAGGUCAAGCUAAUGGACAUGUCCUCCUUUUUUGGGCUUGUGAACAAGGGGCGGACUGGCUUUACGGGCAUUUGGGAAAAUGCCCGGUGGGCCGGUACCCAAAUGGGCCGGUAAGGCCACCAAAAUGCCUGAUCGAAGUCACUAUGGCACAUAUCAAGUUGUUAAAGGUUUUAUAAUAUCCUUAGUAUGUUAUUGUUAUUAUUAUUAUAAAAGGCCCCCUGAGCGUCGUGUUUAAACAAAAAGGUUUUCACAUAACCUUACAGUGUAAAACUCUUUUAAUCGAACACAUUUUCCGAAAAUAAAAUGUAUAAUGUAGACAGUGCUACUAGUAGGCUUCAUCUUUUUAGGGCCUACAUAAUUGCUGAUUUAAAAAGACGCUAUAUUGCUUAUUAAGAUUUAUUAAGAGUUCACCGUAUGCAUGCAUAUCGAUACAUUAUCAAACUUAACAAUGAUUUUUAAGGACCGAUACACCUAGACAUGGAUGCCCAUCACGUGAUUGUGGGCCGAAUUUUAUAGAAAUGACCGGGCCGAUUUUGACACCCAGUUGUGAACUGCGUAAAAGCGGGCGCUGGCUUAAAAGGUGAAAAAGUAAGGGGCGUUUACUCAUGUGUACUGCAACGAUGUGUUAUCCCCUCAAUGCCCUCCGUGGUAAACACACGAACUCACUCAUACUGAUGUAAGCCUGAUGUCAUGUGUACAGUACUUUUAAAGUAUAGCAUAUAGAUGUAAACAAUGUUUGGUUGUUGAUCAGUAUUGUUGACGGUCAUAGACUUAUAGCACCAAGCUGCUGGUAGACAAUUAAAUCGCUGUAGUCGAUUUCUAACUUUAAAAAAUGUAAAAUAACUUGAAAAGCUUCUUUGUGAACAAAACAAAAUUAAAGUUUAGACCAAAUCUAACUUGAGAUAAAAUUUUAAACAAAUCUUACUCUCAAUAAAAUCUGGCAUCCUGGAGUCAUAAAAAAAAGUCGUCUGGCGUAUGCAAGGCAGCUUACGUUAGUGUCGAUUAUCUCACAUCAUUCUCACUGAAUAGUCACCAACCAAUCGCUAACUUCUUCUCUCCGUCACCAUAGAAACACACGCACAGUGACCCGAUUACUCAAAAGUAAAGUAGCAAUUAUACAUAAAACACUGAACCAUAAUCUUCAAAUACAAAAACAAAAUUUAAUAAAAAUACUCUAAAAGACACAAAGAUAAAGGCACAUUCCUCGUCCCAUAUGCUAGGACAAAUUCGUACAAACACUCCUUCUUCCCUAGUGCUAUUAGAGCAUGGAAUGGGUUUGCCUGAGAUAGCCAGGAAAAACAGUGACUUGGCAGAAUUUAAGUCAUUGGUUAAUAUGCAUGACUAAAUGCAUGACGCGUAGGACGUAAUCAUCAUCUUUUUUGAAGUAACGUCUGUAUUAUAUAAGAUAAGAAGAUAAUAUAAGAUACUUGAUUUGUUAAAAAGUUUAGUUUUUUAAUUAGAGAUACAAUUAGGUACUAUUUUUUAGUGGGAGGAACGUUAGACAUGCACUACGGUCUCCGCAAUGAAGUAAGGAACUUUUAUGCCAAGUUUUAUCAAGAUUGGUCAAACGGUUUUGAUUUUUAUUGGGGACAUACAUAGGCCUACAUACAAAUACAUACAUACUGUCGGUGCGUAGGUUAUAUUAUUCAAGCACCAAUUCGUGUUAGGUGCACACUUUUUGAACGCACCUUCUUUGUUGCAUUGCUUUUUAGCUGAUGGGAGUUUUUCAGUUAUUAUGCUGAGAUAACGUUUGUAACGGAUGCAUGUGUUGUCAGAUGUAGCUGAAGUAUUUCUAAACGACUUAAUUCGGCUAAGUGCGUGCGUACCUUGUAUGAUGUAUUUUCAAUCUGCGAGCUCUUCGUGCACACCGUCACAAAUAUAGAUACGGUACUAAACAGGAACACAGACUCAAUGACCAAGUUGACUCAAGGUGAACUUCAAACAAACGUUUAUUACAGAAUGGGCCACAGUCUAGUCUGUCACUAUAGAACGAUGUUAUCCCAUUGAGAAUCUAGCGGUAACUGACUAAUUCUAAGACUAUCCUAAUCUCUAACCCAAAGUCUAUGUCGUCACUAAUAAAUGUACGUUCACUGUCGGUCUAACAAAGUGCGCAACCCAACUAACUAAACUAGCUAUCUAACACGUUUCUUUGAGGCUUGUCUGUGUACCCCUGUUUAGGGUGAGUAUCUAAAGCUUUAUACUGCAUUUCGCUGUUGUUACGCUGCGAUAUUAGAUUAAUCUUUUCAAUUUGUCGUUCCUACAUCUCUAGAGUCAGCAGUGGGCUAGUGUUGUACGGUUGUUGCGUUGAGGCCAAAUACUUACAAAUGCGUUGUUUGUUUGUUGUACAUGUUUCGGAUGUUCCUUCAGAGUUGAAGAUAAUUACUUCCUAGUCCAAACCUCCCGCAGGACGACGGGGGAUGGGAGCGGGCAGGGUUUGAACCCGGGACCAUCGAUAAAUCUGAACGACAGUCAGUCCAGCGUGCAAACCGCACGACCAGGCAGCCAUCCCUACCAGGCAGCAUUGUGUUGGUACUACGGGACAGCAAGGUGAAGAAUGAUUAUAUGAUUAACAUAACAGCUAUAUUAUAAUAUUCGUUAAAUUUAAUUAUAUAUUACUGUAUCAGUUUGUCCAUUGUAAAUUACUUUCAUCUCAUUAAACAUUAUAGUGUUAA